AUGGACGAGCAGCACAGCAGACCAACAUGGAGCAGGCAAAUAGAGUUCACUCUGGCUGGCAUCGGCUGCGCUGUGGGUCUGGGCAACGUUUGGAGGUUCCCUUAUCUCUGCUACAGGAGUGGAGGAGGUGCCUUCUUGGUGCCAUACUUGCUUAUGCUGGUGGUGUUGGGGAUCCCUCUGCUGUACAUGGAGCUGACUGUAGGGCAAUACAUGAGAUGGGGGCCUGUCCGUGCUCUGGCUAAUGUCUGUCCACUGUUAAAAGGAGUGGGCAUGGCAUCCGUGGCUAUCUCCUUUAUCAUGUGCACCUACUACAAUGUCGUCAUCACCUGGGCCCUUUAUUAUCUCUUUAGCUCCUUCCAGUCACCUCUACCCUGGCAGAAUUGUAACAACACCUGGAACACACCUAACUGUACCAAUCAUGCCACCAACAGCAGCUAUUCGUCCACAGCCAGCCAGGAGUUCUUCAAAUAUAAGAUGUUGGAGCAGACCGAGGGAGUGGAGGAGCCAGGAGUGUUACGGUGGGAGCUUUUCCUCAUUCUCCUGCUGGCUUGGAUCCUCAUUUACUUUUGCAUCUUUAAGGGUGUGAAAUCCACAGGCAAGGUGGUGUACUUCACUGCUCUGUUCCCGUAUGUUAUCUUGAUUGCCCUGCUGAUUAAUAAUGUGCAGCUUCCUGGAGCAAUAGAUGGGAUAACCUUUUUCAUAGUGCCAGAGUGGGAUAUGCUGCUCUCAGUGGAGGUUUGGGUGAAUGCCGCAGCUCAGAUUUUUAACUCUAUCGGGAUUGGUUUUGGCUCCCUCAUGGCCAUGUCAAGCUACAACUCCUUCAACAACAACGUUCUCAAGGACACCCUGACUAUAUCCAUCAUCAACUCUGUCACUAGUAUCCUGGCAGGCUUUGUCAUUUUCUCUGGUUUUGGAUACAUGUCUCACCUGCAGGGCAUUCCUGUCAGCGAGCUGGCUGUAGAUGGUCCAGGACUGGUUUAUGUUGUUUACCCACAAGCCUUUGCCAACAUGCCAGUGUCUCAGCUCUGGUCCGUGAUGUUCUUCUUCAUGCUGCUUUGCCUUGGACUGGACAGUGAGUUUGCAAUGGCUGAAGUAAUGGUGACCAGUUUCAUGGACGAAUUCCAUCAACAGCUGAUUAAAUUCUUCAAGCGAAAGGAGCUGUUUGUUCUUGCAGUUUGUGGUGCAGCAUGCCUUUUUGGGAUUCCUUGUGUCAUGCAGAUGGGGAUCUAUGUUUUCCAGCUGAUGGACCAUUACACAGCCAUAGUGUCCAUCAUGUUUCUUGCGUUCUUUGAGGUUAUAGCCAUCUGUUGGUGUUAUGGUGUGACUCGACUUUCAGACAAUCUUGAAGAGAUGACUGGAAAGAGAGCAAAUAUCUUCUUCAGGCUGUGUUGGUUAAUAAUUGCCCCUUUACUGAUCACUGUUAUCCUCAUUUUCUCCAUCAUCCAGUUCAAACCGGCGCGCUAUGAAGACUAUGUUUUCCCUCCCUGGGCUCAGGGGGUCGGCUGGGUCAUUGCCAUGGGCUCUAUCAUCUGGAUUCCUUUGGGUGCCAUUCACACAUUGUGGGUGUUACCUGGCUCCAUCAUGCAGAAACUGAAGCUGUCCAUCACACCAUACUCCCUGAAUGAGACAUCAAAAACGCCAUAUUAUGAGAAUGGAGGAAACAGAGCAGGUGGAUAUCCAGUCAUAGCGGUCACCGGCUCCAUCUCUAAACUUGACAAACCUCCUAUUGAGACAAACUUCUGA